AUGCGGCUUAACGCCAGUAGGUACAUACAUACAUACAUACAUACAUACACUUAUAGAUGACCACGCUACGACAAGUUGAGAACCCUCGAAAUGUUUCAUAGCCCUAACCCGAAGGCGAUGUCCAGUGCGCUGCGCUAUAAAGAAGGGGGCUGUUUUCAUUGUUGUUGCGGUGGUGCUUAUUAUUUCUAUCCUACUAAUAUAUAUAGUGAAUCAAUAAUAACGAUUCGCGCCGAUAAAUCAGCAAGAUACAAGUAACGUGUCUGUCGGAAAAGACAAGAUACCUUACGAUUACGUGCAUCGUUAUUAUUGCGCCCAAAGGUGCGCGCGCGCGCGCGCGCGUGCACAACUACGUCUUGCAUAUACAGUCGAGAGGCGCAACGAUCUUCGCCUAUGUACAUACAUAUAUCUCUGUGUUAGUGGUAAGCACGGUGAUAUGUGAAAAAGUGCAAAGUGAAUGAAGGAAAGAAAAGUCGUACAAUAAAAUAAUAUUCGUUUACUUGAAUGUUUAUACGAAACUGAAACAGUGGUGGAAGUUUAAGUAACAACAGUGUCUUGUGUUUUCCUUAUUCUCUGUCUUUAGUUUUCUGCUCUGUCCCUCGGACGCGUGUGUUCAUUCGUGGUUUUGUGACGCGGGUGUGGGUAGCAUAGCAGGUAGAAUAUCAAGGUAACAAAAAACAACGAAGCGGGAAGCGGGGUCGAACUUUUUAAAGCUCGACUAUCUAUCACUUCCCGAUUGCAUUAACGUUUCCACGUCGAGGCUAUAACCGAGCAGUGACAAUUAAAAACAGUUUCACGAAAAUGCGAUACGAGUUGUUAGGUCGCCUAGCGUAGUAUAUCGCCUAGCGGCGACGGGCCCAGAGAGAAGCGGCGGAAAAAUGGCGUCCGAUAACGAAGCCUCUUGUGCGAGUGACCCAAAUUUCGCGGUAAUUUGCUCGUUCCUUGAGUGCUUCGGCAAGUCCUGUGGUAUCAUUUAUCCUGAUAUCGCGCGCCUUCAAGAGAUGCUUGAAAACACACAGGAGGUACCACAAGAAUUAAUAGAUCUACACAUCAAAUUAUUGCGUAAGACCCGCAAAACUGUCUCACCAGAAAAGUGGGAACGAGCAUUGGUUAAAUUCUGCCACACGUACUCUAAUCAAGAUGGAUGGGAACUUGAACGUUUUGGUUAUAAGAAAGCUCGUAUCGCUGUCAAGCUACGACUACUCAAAGUUCUUUUAGAAACACAAUUUGACUUAAAUCAAAAAUUUAAAAAUGAGGUGAAUAAAUUAGCAGCUAAUGAAUUACGCGUGGAACCUUUAGGAAGAGAUAAAUCUGGUUUAGCAUACUGGUGUCAACUUGACGAAGAGUGCAAUAUAAGGGUUUAUAGAGAAGAUUUAGACGAAGAAAACUGGGAACUUGUAGCUAAAGAUCGGGAUGGUGUUGUUAAUCUAAUAAACACUUUAUCAAAUGGAGAAAUUGGUGAUAUUCCGAUCAAUGAAGACAGUAAUAGUUUAGAAAUCUCUGAGAAACCUAUUAUUGAUACAGGACAAAUAACAACGUCGCCAAGUUUGGAAGAUGAAAGUUUACAAGAAAAUGGUAUUCAUGCUGAAGAUUUAUGCGACAAACAAUCAAACAAGCAUGAAGGUGAAGAUUCUGAGGAUGAACAAGAGCAGGAUGAGUUUAACGAGGGUGAUAAUAUUGAAGAUGACAUAGAUGGUGAAGAUGAAAUAACAAACGAAGAUGAUAGUUCUAAACAAAAUACUGAAGAGGAUGAUUCUCAGGAAACGGUGCAAAGUGAAAUAUUGAAGUCAAAUCUUAUAAAGGCGUUCCCUUUAAUGACAGCAUCUUCGAAACCUUUAAACGGGAAAAUCAAUGUUUUGUCAGAAAAUGAAACUGUUACAUCUCGUAAAAAGAAAAUAGAUACAGUUCCAGAAACUGCUGGUACUGUAUCCGAUUAUAAAUCCAUGGAUACGUGUAAGUCUAAAGAGCAUAUAGAGGUGAAUAAUGUAAAAGUUAAGUCUGGAGAGUCAGUGCCUCUUAAAUCGAUUGAAACAUCCGUUAUUACAUCUCCUCUUAAGUUAGUAAACGUUUCUGAAACGAAACAAGUAGACGAAGAAAAGAUUGCAAGUGGAGUAACUGCAUUAAAUAUAACAAAGAAGCUUCAUAACGAAGAUUCGUCGGAUCAAAUUCUGAAACCGUUGGAUAAAUUAUCUAGCAAAAGUUUUUCUUUUUCAUCUACAGAGAUACAUACAGCUCAUAGUAAACUGUCCGUUAAGCCGAUAGAUCAGUUGGCUGCAAAUCUUGUGCGAAUGCAAUCGGAAAAGCUUGAAAAACCAAUUGGAGCAAAAUCAUUAGAGAAAAUAGCAGAAAAUCUAGCGAGAUCGGGUAGUAUUGUGGGGAAUGUAAUAAAUGGCGAUGAUGAUCGAUUACCUCAAGACUUUUGUGCAAGAAGUCAAAUGGAAAAAGCCAAUGUACAUGCUAGAGAGAAUAGAGGUAUGGAUUUAUCUACAUCACCUAGAGGCUGGGAAAGUACUAGCGAACAAAAUAAGCCGAUGGAUUUCUCUGGAAUUGAUUUAUCUAGUCGAAAAUUUAACAAACCUAUGGACAUACUUUCUUCUGGCUAUAGAACACAAGAUUUUCAGCAUAGAGAAAUGGAUCUUAGUACGAAAAAAUUAAAUAAACCAGAAGUCACAAGCUUACCGUAUGAUGCUCGGGCUGUGAUGAUGCGUAAUCAUGCGAUGGUAGCUGAUUUAAGUAAAAGACAAAUGUCGUUUCCUAGUUAUGAUAUGUCGUCUGUAAGUCCGUAUCAUAAUGCUGCAAGAAUACCUAAUAAAGAUGAUCAUAGAUUACCAAAUUAUACAAUACUUCCUGACCCGAGUAAACUCGCAGCUUUAAGAAUGAAUACAACACCGGUAAAACGUUCGUUGGAAGCAGAUGAUCUUCAGCAAGACAUGUUAAAAAGAAUACGAGCGGAUGUAAUACCAAUUCAAAGAUCUAUCGACAAAAGGCCAAUGAUCGGUGCUACUUGGAGAGAUGAAAUCGGUGAAGCCGUCGAGGAACCGGUAAUGAUGAUUCAAGGCGAAGGAUCUGGUAGCGAUUGUGAUGCGGUGAAUCCUGGUCUCGGAGAAGCUGUAGAAGAACCCAUAAUUUUUUUUUAUGGGGAAGGUUCUGGAGAAGAAUGCCAAACAGGAAAUCCUGGAGACAGUACGUCAGCUGACAAUAAAGAAAGCAACGAAUCAAAAAAUGAAGCUGAUUCUGCUACUUCCUCUUUAUCAACAAAUAAAAGCUUCAGUGAAGGUAGCCUUAUAAAUGAAGUAUCUGCUGAGUCAUUAGUAACAAAUAAAAGUGCUAUAAAAUUAAACAGGAAUUAUCCUCAGUCUAACAUUAAUGUAAAAAGUAAUUUUCAAAUUGUAGGUUCUACGCAAGAGAAACCAAAAUUUAAACCGACAUUGGGCAUUCAAAUAAUACCGAAAAAUACGAAUAGCUCUGUCAAAAGGUUAUCAAGAUGGGAUGUUGGAAAGCCAGAAGAAAAACCGGAAUGCGACAGUAGCAUCAUAUCAAAUGAAGAAAACAUAUCGCAAAGAAGAAAUAAAAUUGAAUGUGAAGAUUCUUCUAGUGAAAAUCAAGAUGUUAAAAUUGAUGGAAAUUCUAUAAGUAUCGAAGACGUAACAUCCCAACAGAGUAAUGUGAAAUUAGAAAAUUCACAAGAAAAUAUAGGAGAAAGUUCUUCAGCUAUAGAAGAAAAACAAAGUUCUACCGAUCAAGAUUCUAUACAAUGUUGUGAUUCAUCUAUAUCAUUAUGUCAGGCAGAUACUUCAGAAACGUUUAAAACCUGUACAAAGACUAAAUCUGUAACUGAAAACGAUAAAACAAAUAUAAAAAAUGUUUGCGACAUAGAAAGUACAAGUUUGCACGAGACAAGCACUUCAGAAAGAAUGGACAAUGAAUGUAAACCAUCAGCCGUAUCGCCGCCAAGAUUUUUUUUUGGACCUAAUUGCAUUUCAUAUACUUCAAAGACAGAAAUGUUUGAGUCGCAACCUGAUCAUACAGUUUCGACGAGUAUAAUAGAAACGAAUAAAUCAGAUACGUUACAAUAUGAAUGCGUAUCUUCUUCCAGACCCGCAGAAGACACGAUUAAUACCUAUAAAUCGGACGAUUUUGAUGUGACACAAACAAAUAACAACUCGUUGAAGGUCAACUUAUACCCGCAUAAGACUGCUAAUCCGGUUUGCGAAGAUGAUAAUAAAAAUAAAAUAGAGAAAAUUGAAGGAGCAGCCAAUUCGUGGGAACCAAGUGCUUCUUCCAAAUAUUCUUUAGAACAGCCUUCUAAACUACGAAAAACAGAAAUAAGUUUACAUGAUCCAGAAUCCGUAGUAGAAAUUGAAGAAGAUUCAACAUCCUGUACUAUUGAUACUGUACAAGAUUCUAUUUCUAGUACUGAAGCUGCAUCAAAGGAAUGUAUAAAAUUUAAAGAAACAGAAAUGUUAGAUACAAUUUCACAACCUCACAGUACCAACGAUUUAAUUAAUAAAAAAAAGGAUGUAGAUAUGAAAAUGGAAAAUGCAGUUGUAAUACCAUCAGAACUUGAGCUGAAACAAGAAUGCAAUAUAUUUGAAGAGCAAAAUAAGGAGGAAUCUGAUUCAGCAGACGAUAUCGUAAAAUCUUUAAACACAUCGAUUCCUUGUUCCGAAGCUGAACCUUAUUGUAAAUUUAAGGAAAAUAAAUUAGAAGCUGAUUCAGUAUCCUCUAAAAGUUCAUGCUCAUCAUCUGAUGGUAUACAGAAUUUCCAGAAAAAUAAUUUCACUGAAUCGGAAGACCAUUUAGCAGAGAAAGAAUUAGAUUAUAUUUCUCAGAAAACGUUUGACUCUUCUGUUACAACCUGUGAAGAAAAUAAUGAAAAUCGUGAUGAUCGAAAAUAUGAAAAUCAAAAUGAAGAAUUAAUAGAGUUCGAUAAUAAAAUCACAACGGAUCUGAUAGGGUCUGAUGCUGAAGCUGUGCUUGUUAAUUGUAAUGAAAGCAAUGAAGAAAUUAAUCGACAAAAUGAAGUUUUAGAAGAUUCUGAAAAUGAAGGAAAAAAGGUAUUCAUUGAUCCAUUUAUCAAAAACUUUGUGCCUGAUGUUAACACAAAAUUAGAUUCCAUUGAUAAUUCUACUGUUACUAGUUCUGAAUUUAUUGAAAAAUGUAACAAAGAUACAUUAGUUCCUACAAUAAGUAGUUCAGACGAUUCCUGCAUUCACCAAGACACUUCGUUUCAUGAAAGUGUUAAAUUAAAUUCUGAGAAAUCGUCGUUUAAAGAUGAAUGUCCUACUUAUGAUACAUUAUUACCAGAAACAGUACCUGACACGAAUAUUUCUAAUUCAUCCAGAUCUAAUAUAGUUGACUCUACAAAAGAAUCUAACGUAGUUCAAGCUGCAAUAUCGAAGGGGCAAAGUUCCUGUAUUGAUCAAGAUUUGAAUAACUUAUCGAAAGAUGAGGAAGGGUCUACUAAAUUAUACGAAGGAGAAGCAUGUUCGAACGAAAAUUUAUCUUCUAACGAGAAUGCAUAUAAUGAUUCCCUGAAAUUACAAUCACCAUCUUUAGAAACAAAUGAUUCCGGUAUUAUUUCUGAAAAAGAUAAAACAGAGAACGUUAAUUUUGUAGAGAUUCAAGAAAAAUUUGAUACCGUCAUUGAGCCAAAUAAAACUGAUGAUAGAACUCAGUUCUGUAAAGAAGAUGUUACAGAAUAUGUCCAAGAUAGCUACCAAGAAGAUCAGAAACAAGCAAUAGUAAGCAAUAUUUUAGAGACUAAUUCAAAGACGGCAGAAAAGUCGGAAAUUGAACAGGAAGAAUUAAAGCAUACAAAGAUAAAUCCACAAGAACUUAUUAAUAGUGAAAUUAAACAAUCCUUAGUUGCAAAUUAUGAAAGCAGUGAUUUUGACGAUAGUAAUGACGAUGUUUUUGAAGCUUUUGAGACAGAACCAAUUGAAAGCAAAAGUAACUUUUCUUCUGAUCUAGAAGAAAUAGUGUCUGAUGCAGAGGAAAAUGAAGAGAAGAAUAUAGAAAAGCCAAGUAAAAAAAAUGAAAUAUUAUCUAACGAAGUGCAAGGUAUACAGGUUGAUAAAGAAACAGAAUCAAUGAUAGAUAGUAGUGGUAUUGAAAAAAUAACAGUGGACAAAAGUGAAGAAAAAGAAAAGGGGUUAAAUGAAGAAACAGAUUUUAAUGUUGUUCAACAUGAUUUGAAUCUGGAAAUAGCUCUAGAUGAAAAGAUUCGUCUGGUUAAUUCUGAGCAAAAUAGUAGUAAUACUGUAGAAUUGGCAGAAACGGAGACGUCAACAAUUUCUUCUGAAAUUAAUCCAAUAAAGAAAGAAUGUAUAAGCCUGGAAUUAAAUAAAGCAAACAAUUUAAUAAACAUAAUAAAAGAGGGGAAAAAGGAAAGUUCAGAUGAAGUUAGAAAAAAUCUGGUAGAUGUAGUAGUUCCCGUGGAGAAAACUGAUUUUAAAAUAGAUUCAACAAAUGAAAUUGAAACUGUUGAACUUCUUAAUAACAGCAAUAACGAAAUAAUUCCGGAAGAUUUAAGGACAGAACUAUCGUUAAAAUCUACAGAGGAAAAUCUGGUAACAAGCUUAGAUAAUGAUGUUAAAUUUAUGAAAAAUGAAGAAGUAAAACAUGUUACAGAAGAAAUUUCAAUUAUAGAAACAUGCAACAAAGUAAGAAAAUCCUCGGAACAUGGCGAUAAAGAAAAUAAAUUUGAUAUAAAUUUACAAGAGGAGAAGAAUUUCAAUAAAGAGGAGUGUAACGUAUCCAUUCACUCGGUAUCAAACAUUUUACCAUUAAAAUUUGACAACAUAGAAAAGUCAGAAAUACAUAAAAAUAAUAUUUCAGUUAUGUCAGAAAAUUUCAAACCUAUGGAUAAUUUACAGUAUGUAAGUUUUAUGUCUGAAAAGUCAGAAAAUUCGGAUAUAAUAGAUAAUCAUGAGAAUCGUAACAAGUCGCUUCGCGUUACAAACGAAACGAUUGAUGAAUCCAUUUCUGAAAGUACUGUAACAAGCGUGAAAGAUAGUUCAACGAGCUUUAGUACGCAACAAGGAAUGAUAACAUCGGCACCAAUAAUUGCAAUAAAUGAUUAUAAAAAAGAAGCCAGUAAAAGAUUCAGCGAUGUUUCCGACCUAAUUCAAGAUGUUCCUCCAUUAAAAUCUAAACCUCCGUGUAUAGAGCCGGCCAAUGAAGAAAUAUUACAAGAUUUAUCAAAUUCCAAAGCGCAAUUGGAUAGAAAUUUGGAUAAUUUCAAAGAAAUGGAACUUGCGGUAAACGAAACUAAAGCGAGGGACGAUAUGAUAACAGUGUCUGAUAACAUUGCGGUACAGUCGACGAAAGACGAGUGUCAUCGUACAGUUGCUAACGUAUUAAAUAAUAUAUUAAAUCAAAUUGAACGAAAGAACAUAGAAACGAAUGAAGAGAAAGAAAGUACAGAUAUUCAGAGUGUCGAGAUAAAAACAGUUUCUUUAAUAUCCGAUGAUUCUAUGGGGGCGGAUAAUGAAAAUUUAUUUGGCAUAGCUUCCGAAGAGAUGGACCCUUUAGCGUGCACCGAUGAUGAUGAUGAUGAUGAUGAUGAUGAUGAUGAUGAUGAUGAUGAUGGAACUGUUAAGAAAUUAGAUGAUACGCCUAAGAUAGCGUUACGGGUUAAACCUGUGUCCGAACUCGUUUACGAUGGAUGGAAAUUAGAUUCUACCGAACCUCCGAAAUUAUCUCGUAAGCGACGCAAUAGUUCUCACGAAUCAAAUUCCGAAGAUGGAGGUAUGAAAGAAGACGAAGUAAUAAUGAUGGGAGGGAAGAGAAUGAAAUUACGUGGGAAACGUAUGGCUGAUAAACAAUUGCGGAAAUCCGUAGAGGAAAGUCGUGUUGUAACAAUCAGUUCAGAAGAUGAAGCUGUGAAGUGUGAUGAUUCUCAAGAAUUGAAAGAGCAAGAAAGUAAGGAUGCCAGCGAUGAUCAAAGCGGUGCUCAUCUUUCUGCAAUUGAUAGAAAAUCAAGAGGACGUCCUAGGGGAAGACGAAGACGUGGUUACAAAGGAAGCGGCCGUUCAAAUCGAUCCAAACAUUCUGAAUUUCAGAGUAGUCAAGUCUCCGAAACAUCGCCUGAGGUUAUUUUUGAGGGAACGCCACCGAGUAACAACGAUUCUUUGAACAUGACACCAGUAUCGCAAAAGAAACGGAAGAAAAGGAAAAUGGUUUUGGGCCUUGAAGUGGGAAGAGACAUCGUACCUGAACCAGAAGCAGGAUUAACACAAGAUGAAACACCCGUAAGACAAUCCAGAAGAAUAGCACAAUUGAAAAUUAAAGAGGCACAACUGAAGAUCGAAGAAGAAUCUUUAAGUGAGAAAAAAGAGAGGAAAGAUAAGAAGGAAAAGAAAGAUUCUACCGAAAAGAAAAAACGAAAGAAGCAAAAGCCUGAAAGCGAAGAAGAAAUUAUAAUAAAGGAUAUAGAGAAGGAAAAGAAAUCUAAAAAGAAACGUAGGAAAAGGAAAAAGAAAAAAAUGCUAUCUAAAUUUAAUGAAGCAAAUCCAUGGCAGAGUUCCUCGGGUUCCAGUAGCGACGAAGAAAAUGAAAAUGACGAAGAGGAAGAGGAGGAGGAAGAUAUAGAGAGCGAAGGAUCUUUACUUUUUAAAAGUGAUCACGAAUUUUCACCGGAAAGUGAUCUUGAGAAAGAUCAAGAAUCUGAACCAUUAAGAAGAGCUAGAACUGCACAAAAAGCUCAAAGUGACGUGGAGGAAGCAGAUGAUGAGUAUGCUUGUCAGAAAUGUGGCAAAGCAGAUCAUCCAGAAUGGAUACUUUUAUGUGAUUCGUGUGAUAAAGGCUGGCAUUGUUCUUGUCUUAGACCAGCGCUUAUGUUAAUACCUGAAGGUGAUUGGUUCUGUCCUCCGUGUCAACAUAAUUUACUAGUUGUUAAAUUACGAGAAAACUUGAAAACAUACGAUCAAUUAACGAAAAGACACGAAAACGAAGUGUUAAGAAAGAAGAGAUUGGCGUUUGUUGGUAUAAGCUUGGAUAAUGUUCUUCAUAAAAACGAAACGCAACGUCACCAAAAAGAAUCAAAUGCGUCUAGCCAAGAAUCGGAUAAUGAAUCUACAACUACCACGUCUACUUCAAGUACAGAAACAUCUAGUAGCGAAGAAAGUGAACCGGUCUAUCAAUUACGUGAAAGGCGAUGUGCUAAUAGAUAUAAAUUCAAUGAGUAUGAUGCCAUAAUCAAUGCCGCGAUUCAAGACGAGGUAGAAGCGGUUCAAGGAGCCGGAAAUCAGGGUAGAGGAAAAGACAUUGCAACUAUAGUGAAUGCAAAGAAGGAAGAAGCAGAGCUUGAGUUUAAAAAUGAAAUAUUAAACAUGGACGAAAUACCUGCAAACAAAGAUGAUAUUGAAAGAAAAUCAGAAAAAGAUAGCGACGAAGAAUAUAAAAUCGACGCAGAGGAUGGUGUCGAUGAAGAGGAAGAAGAACAACAUAAAGGAACAGUAAAGAAAUUCUUGUCGCGUAAAAAACAUCGUAAAUUAAAUAGUCUGGAUAUAAGUAGCGAAGAUGAUCCAGAAAGUGAUGAAGAUUUUAAAGGCACGAGUUCCGAGGAGGAAGAAGAUUUUGAUGAUCAUAUAACAUCUUCCGAUGAUAGCUCUUUCGCUGACAUGAAACGACGUGGUAGAAAAGAUUCACGAUCGGUACGAAGAAGCACCAGGGUCAGAACUAUGCGUUACGAGGAAGAUUUUAUAAACGAUGAUAGCGAAGAAAGCGAUAGACCGAAAAGAAAGAAAUCUCGAUCUACGUGGGAUUCGGAUAACGAGGAUAGCGAUAAUUCAUGGCGACAAAGAAAGAAAAAUAAAACCAUACCGACGUCUAAAUAUAAAACGUUACCAAAAACGAAAAGUAGAAAGAAAAAAAAGAGAAAACGUAUAAUUGAGUCUGACAAUCAAAGCGAUAACGAUGACUCAACUGAAGAACAAAAAAUUGAAACUUCAUGCGUAAUACAAGCACAGUUAGAAAACAAUGAAUCGGUAACGCUUGAUGCGCUAAAUAUGAAAGUUGAAAAUGUAAAUGAGAAUAAUGAGAAUAAAAAUGUUAACGAGAUGAAUGAUAUAAAAUUAGAAGAAAUGAAAACAGAAGUAGCUGACAUAUCUGUCACUCUACCGUUACAAGAUGCGCUUCUACAAAAGAAAAAGAAAGAGAACGUUACAAAGCCAAAAAAGACUCCGACAAUUCGAAGAAAGAUUAUAUACGGUGGCCUUCCAGAUGAAAACAAACCGGAAGAAGAAGAAACUUUAGGUAGAAGAACUCGAGGAAGAAAAAUGAACUAUCAAGAAGAAAUAGCGUCGGAUAGUGAGGAGGAAUUAAAAAAGGCGUUAAGAAGAACCGGAGAGAGCGAGGAUGAAUUUGUUGUAAACGAAGGCGAAGAUUUAAUCGAAGACGCUGAAAAAGAUUCAGAUUCAGGUGAUAUUUAUAAUCCAAAAAAAGAUGGUCACAAGGUGAAAAAUAAAUCGCCAAAAAGUAGGAAAGCAAGGAAAAGCAAAAGUCCUGGAGGAAAAAGAAAAAUGUUAAAUGAUGGGACACCGAAACCGAGAAAAAAGCCUGGUCCAAAACCCGGAAGUAAAAAUAAAUCGCGCAAACAAAAUUUUUUAAUGGGUUCCAUGAUCCAGAGAAGAGACGACCAAGAUGAGGAAAAGGAUAUCAUGGGUAAUGUCAUUGAUAAUCCUAUAGGAGACUUAGACUCUAAAAUUGAUGACAAUCUUUCAGAAAAUGUUGGAUUAACUAGUACUGCUAUGUCGGUGGCAGGUUCCUUUACUGGAGAUGUUCCAGAAGGUUCCCUGACUGGGCUUGGACCAGGUGAAUUAGCAGACUUGGAUGACGAACAGUUAGAACAGAUGAUGAUGGAAGACGAAGAAUAUGGCAGACGACAAUUAGAACUUGCUGCUAUCGAGAUAGCAAAAAAGAAGAAGAAAGAAGAACGAGAAGCUAAAAAAUUAGAAAAAGCACGAUUGAAAGCGUUAGAAAUAUUGGCAGCUGAAAGACAACGAGAUCCUAAUGCACCGGAAGGAACUGACGGAGAGGUACCAAAGAAAAAGAAACGAGGUCGUCGCAGUAAAGCCGAAAUUCUUGCAGAACAAAUGCGCAGGGAUGGAGCUCCAGAUUUAAACGCUACUAGUUUAACUAGCAGCGUUGCGCAUACUGUAGCAAGCAAUAUAUCACCUACUGUUAAUCUUGCUCUUAAUCCCGCCGUACCAACAAUAAUGACGCCUGAUGCUGAGAGACCGAGCGAGGGACCUAUCUCCAUGAUGACAGGACCGGAUGGGCAACUUUUUAAUCCUGACGGAUCACCGUUAAAACCUAAAAGAAGAGGACGCGGCAAAGGUAAAAAGACUUUGGCAUUAGAAGCAGCUAGAGCUGCUGAAGCAGCGGCGAAAGCCGCUGUUGAAGUUGGUCUACUUAGCAUGGGAACUGAUUCGAAUCCGGAAUUAAAACCUGGUGAAAUUCCGAAUAUACUUCCUACACCAGGUAGUAGCACCUCUGGUUCGGCUCCGUCCACACCACCUGCUGGCGUCGUAACAACACAAGGACCACCUGCCUCGCAAACCCCGACCACACAGCCUGUUUAUCCAUCAUUACCACCUAAUCAACAGUCUUCCGUUAUCACCAGAAUGCUUCAAUCUCAACCUGUAUCGAGUAGUCCACAGUCGUUUUCUGCUGCAGCUGCAGCGAUGGGGCACAAAUAUUUCGGAGGACCAAACACUGGAGGUCAAAUAAUGGGCGGACCUAGAACGGGCUACGAGAUGCAGCCACGUGGAAGAAUUCCCUCUCCGUAUAGACAGGCCGGCCAAUCGUCUAUACCACCUCACUUUGCGGCUGUGCGAUCAGGAACUCCUCCGAUGAGAAUGAGAGUACCUGGCCCGCAAAUAUAUCAUACACCGCAUCAUCCAAUGGAUCCUUCUCCAUCAGGUGGUGGACCGAUAUCGAUUAACAGUCGAGAUCGUAGUUCUCCACUUGGACCUGGGCCUGCAAUGAUCCCGCCAGCUGCUGGAAGUCCUUUAGCUAAAGGUGGUCCUACACCUCCUCCACCUCCGCCUUACGUAAGGGGAGCUCCACCCUUACCUAGAUUUACAGACAAUCCGAUGGGUCCCAGGCAUCAAAUGCCACCUUUUACAAACGCUUCACCGGUUAACCAUAACAUGCAACAACCAUCGCCGCCACCUAAUCGACCUCCUGGUAAUUUUUCACCGUAUCAUCCUCCACCACCACCUAAUUAUCACUACGGUGCGUAUCCACCUCCUCCGCCAAUGUCCACAGCAGAUGAUGCAGCUGCCUACCAAGGUUCUCCAUAUCCUGCUGAUCAUUUUUCUUCCCCUGCGGAUAAUCAACCACCUAUUCAAGCGCCACCGCCUCCUCAGCCUCCGCCACCGCCGCCGCAGCAGCAGCAAGCGCAUCCGAACGAUGCCGCUGGUGUUGGAAAUAAACAGUACGACGAAGAAGGUUCCGGUGAAUUUGGUGGUUUAGUAUCUUACUUUAGUAGUCAGAGAGAAGAUGAUCUUGAUUCGUAGCAUGAGUGAGAUCUUGGCCAACCCUGAAUCAGUUAAAGGCAGAAUGCAUUCGAGAAAAAUGCAUUUUAUCGCCCAAAUAAAAUUACAACUUUUGCUCGAGAGGAAUCAGUACAAGAGAUACAUAAAAGUAACAUGUAACGUAACCGUAAAUAAAAAAAAUUAGAUAUAUUAUAUAUAUAUAUAUAUAUAUAUAUAUAUCUGUCGGGGCAUUGGAAUGUGAAAUAAAUAAAAGAAAGAGAGCAUUUGCAUAACAAUACAAUGAUACAUGAUUCUAACAUUAUUUUAUACUCGUACUGUAUCGUUUUAAAACGUAAGAACACAUAGAAUUAGAAUUGUCUUCCUCUUUGACCUCUUAAGCAAAUAGUUGUCUGAAAUCUUUAUACUUUCAGAAUAAAAGAAAAAGGAAAGCCGCCGAAAUCAAAUCCAAGGUUGGCCAAGUGAAUACAGGAGGAAAAAAGAAAUAUAUAAUAUUAAUCGCUAACAAUGGAGCCUAUUUCCUAAGAGUUAUAAGCUUUUUGUAAUUAGUUCGAGUUUGUUUAAAUUUAUAUAAAACGAAACGACCACUGGUAAAAAACGUAAGGUGUUGCGUUACGCUAGAGGAAAGAUUACACAAAGAUCUGACCAGAAUUCUAACUAAUUAUUCGUUAGUAUUCCUAAAGGAAAAAAAAAUUGGUGCACAGUUACUUCCAAAUCCGUCGUAGAUGUAUAGAUGUCCUUUUCCCGAAUAAACAUUUGCUGUUGACAAAGUCGGUCUUAGUAGUGAUCAGGAAACUUAUAUUAUAACGAAUUCGGACUAUGCGCCGUUGUUACAUGUAUAUAUGUAAAUAUAAUAAGUCUUUUAGAUUAUAUUAUAUGUAUUAUAUAUACACAGUCACACAGAAUACUAUAAAGUGAAUUAGUGCAAAGGGCACAAAUGUAAUAUUUAAAUGAAAAAGAAACAAAAGGAACGGCAUCCGAUUAUAAUAAAUUAACAAAUGGUGUGAAGACUAUUACUAUAAUUAUUUAUAAAAAAAAAAAAAAAGAUUAAGAAUUUAUAAUAAGUAGUAUAUUGUAUUUUACAAAUUUUACUGAUAUAAUUAUAUUUAAAAAUAUUUGGAUAUAAUUGUAUUAGAGAACAGGAGGCUGCUGAGAGUCCAAUUCCAAGGAAAGCGAGGAAAAAGGAAAUUUAACGAAAUUGACGUUACGUGUAUAGAUAAUCUGAAAGUAGUUUUUAAAAAGAAAUUUUUAUUCUAUCGUAUCGGUGCAAUUACAAAUACAUAUAGUUAUAUGUAGCUAUGUACAUGAUUUUUGUAAUACAUGUACAACCAUGUUUGUUAGUAAGAAUUAACAAAUUUAUCUUAUUUCCUAUUUUCCUUGUUUUGUUUCUUUUCUUAUUUCCUCAACAAUAUUUUUUUACCGCUUUUCAAAUUAAAAUGAAAAUAAAGAAAUCUAUAUGAUAUAUGUAUACACGCGGGGGAAAAAAAGAGAAAAAAAUUAUUAGUGUAUAUAUAUAAUAUAAAGAAUUAAUUAUUAAAGAUAUUGUACGAAUGUUUCGUAUUAUAAGCCAUUGACCCAAGGUCAGAAUUGCUUCUACCUACAGCGCAACUUUGGAAAAUUGUUUUAUUGAAUCCACUUCUUAAAAUGAAUAUUCGAAGAAAUCUUAAAGUUUUUCAUUAAGAAAUGGAUUCGGAUGAAAUUUAACUCAAUUGAGUGAUUCACUGAACAGAUACAACUAUAUGUGGCUAUAAGAGGAUUAAUUUAAAAGGAAAGAAAAAAAAAAACUUAUUUCUUUUCUUUUUUAGAAUAAAACAGCCUCCUGGUCUUUAAUUAAUUCGCAAAGCUGGUAGUGUCUUUGCGUCACAAAACAAAUCAUGUAUCUGUUUAGUUAUCACACGUACGUACAUACAUAAUAUAAAUAGAAUUUAUAUAAAUAAAAAAAAAAGGAGGAAAUACAUUAUCUUAGGAUUAGCUGCUUGGGAUAGUUUCCUUUACUUCGUCAAAUGUUUAAAGACCGAAUUGAUCGAUUAUACACACUUUACACACCAUAUAACAUAAUAGAAAGAUUACUGUCGCUAAUUUUACUAUUUUUACAUCUAUACAAUAUAUUUUUGAUUGUAUAUUCUUUAAUGUACAAUCUUUUAUCUUUGAACUUAACAUGUGUCUUCGGACCAUUCGUUCUUAGGAUGCGCUUCAAGGAAAAUACGAAUUUAUAAUCUAUAUGUUGUUUUCGAAUGCUUGGAUAAUCAUUAGAAUUAUAUAUGUUACUAGAAAACAAUUGUCUGACACUUUUCGAUAUGGAAAUUUAAUCUCUG